UCCGUCAUUUCUCCUGUUUUUUCGUAGUGCUGCAAACAAAAGUUGCGAGUUUUACAAAUUCUCCGAUUUUUCUCGUUUGAAAUCUUUUGUUUUAGCAGACUUUGUGGUGCUUUGUGAUAAUCGAUUGAGAUUUUCUUAUAAUUUUUGUGAAUGGAGGCGAACGAGUUCACGGAUUUUGAUCGUAUAUCGUGUUGAAUCCAUCGAAGGAAUUUCAAGCUCUCGAAAUCUGCUGUUUGAUUACAGUGAAAUUGUAACCCUGCUGUUUGAAUAUCUGUUAAGUUUUUUUGAAUUUCUUUCGAUAUUUAAGAAGAGAUGGAUUGUUGGCUGAUGGGAUUUAAGGGAACUCCGAUAGCAACACGAGCUGGUUUGCGAACAAAGCAGGCAGGACGAAGCUCGUACAUACAGACGUAAUUAGGGGAUGGUAGAGUGUUGAUUUGUUUGUAUUGUUUUCUUGUGUAAUUGUGUGAAGCUUUAUCACCUAGCUCGAAUACAGAUAUGGAGAGUACUACGGUAAGGCAACUAUUGAGGAGUAUUUGCCUUGAUUUGCAGUGGGAAUAUGCAGUCUUUUGGCGGUUUAAACACCAGAACAGUAUGUUCUUAGCCUGGGAGGAUGGGUAUUGUGAGUAUCCAAACACAAGAGCUUCGGCUAAGUCUAAGUCCAGAAAUGUUGGCUUCGGCCAGGAAGCACGGAUUGCUUCUUCUUCUUCUUGCUGUGAAGUCAGUAUAGAUAGUAGAAGUGGUGAAGGAUAUACAGUUGGAGCAGCAGUAGCGAGUAUGGCUUGUCUCAUGUACUCGUUAGGUGAGGGGAUUGUUGGGAGAGUGGCAUCUACAGAAAAUCAUUGCUGGGUUUUCUCAGAUGAGUUCGACGAAACCGAGUUUCCGGAAGAAUGGCAACUCCAGUUUGCAGUAGGUUUAAAGACAAUUUUGCUUGUACCUGUAGCUCCACUUGGGGUUGUGCAGCUUGGCUCACUAGAAAAGGUCAGAAAAGAUAUGAAGGUAGUAACAGAUAUCAAAAAUAUGUUCACCACCCUUCAUCUCGUUACAGACACGUGUAUGCCUUCAAUAUUGAGUAAGGAUCUCCAAGGUCAAUCAACAUUCUCACCGAGGUCUCACGUGAAGAAAAUUGAACCCUCAGAUUUUACCACUGACUUUAUAGAUCCAAUCCCGUCUUCAGUAAUGGUGAAAAGAGAUCACACAAUUAAUUAUGUUCAAAUAUCAGAGGACAGUUUGUCAAUCGUAAAUUCUGACAUUAGAUCACAGCUCACUGAACAAGAUAGCUUUCUCACCAACGCAAACGAUGCUGGUAUGAGCGGCACUGAGGCUGGUGAUUUAUCCCCGGAUCCCUCUACAGAAUCAUUUUCACCGAGCCAGUCUUCAUAUGUCAGCCAUUUGCAGUUGAGUGAUAUAUCAAACUUCCUUCUUCAAGAGGAAGUAUCAGUAUCUUCUCCAAGUAAUCUCACCAGUCUUGGAUUUAAUUUUGACACUGACAUGUUUAUAAAUCUGUGGUCUUCCAAUGAAUUGGUAGAUCCACCCUUUAGUGAGGAAAUAUAUAAUGAUUAUGAAAGUGAAUGUGGCCUUUUAACCUUUCCCACUGAUUAUGAGUUAACUAGUGCCUUUGGUCCACCUAUUGAAGAAUGGUGCAAUGAAUAUGCGACCAAGGCCAGUAUUGUUAGUGAAGAUGUAUGUAGUGUCUCCAGUUUGAUCUGCCAUCCAAAUUAUAUUGGGGGUUUGGAAUCGCCCAUCAGGAAAUUUGAUGGAUUCUCCAACGAGCUAAUCACCGAAGAAGAUCUUUUGGAUGCAGUAGUUGCCAGUGCAGUGACAUUCUCAAGUGCUGCUGCAUCUGGUAGACUUAACAGUGUUAGAUCCUCAACUACUUCAUGUGGACUGUUGAGUCCUUCUCGCCAAACCCAGAGUCAACCUCAACCUAAUCACUUGGUAGGUGAUUCAGGUCAGUGGGGUUAUGGAAUGACUGCAUUUGCUGACGAACAAAAAGUUCCUGAAAGUUGUGUAUCUGAAUACUCAUUGAAGAGUGUAGUUACGGUACAGGUCGAUGAAAUGCAGAAGAAAAGAAUACAGUCCAAGAGGGGGAGCAAACAAUCUGCUAUUGGGAAAAGGAAGUCCAAGGUUGCGGAUAUUCAAAAGCAAAGGCCAAGGGACAGACAGAUGAUCCAAGAUCGUGUGAGAGAGCUGCGAGAACUUGUUCCAAAUGGUGCAAAGUGCAGUAUUGAUUCUUUGUUAGAUCGAACCGCAAAGCACAUGCUUUACUUAAGAAAUGCUACCAGCCAAGCUAAGAAGGUGAAGCAACAUGUGAAUCGCAAGGUUAUUGUCAGGAAGGACUCGAGAUCAUCUGAAACACCAAGUCACCAUAAUGGCAGAGACUGGAGUGUCUGCCCUGUCAUUAUUGAAGACCUUGAUCACCCACGUCAGAUGCUCAUAGAGGUGCUAUGUGAAGAUCAUAAGCUUUUCCUGGAAAUUGCCCAGGUGCUCCGGGAUUUAGGCCUCACCAUCUUAAAAGGGGUAACGGAGGCACGCUCCAACAAGAUAUUGGCCCACUUUGUUGUUGAGGUUUCAACUGGCUUCAAUAGGAUGGAUAUAUUCUGGCCCUUGAUGAACUUAUUGAAGCUGUGCAAUCCGGCUCCUACCAUUUUCUGAGACUCUGUAUUAGUCCUGGAGUUCAGGAGAUUAUGGUAUUGGAGUUUUCAUUAUUAGGGGACCUUUUUAGUAGAAGAACCUAGAUGUAGACCUUGGAUUAUAUUUUUGAUCAUAUCAAGUAAAACUUCAUUAUAGAUUGCAAUGAAUUUAUAUAUGAAUCAUAUGAUGCAUAUAGAAUUGUAAUACAUACUGAUAUAAUGGAUUUAUGUUGUUCUAUGGGUAUAUAUCUUGGAAGCUAGUUUUCUUUUCAUCAAAAGGGUGGUGAAGAAGUUCGGUGAGGUUGAGAAUUGAGAAUUGAUGACAAACUUUUCGCUGAAAUCAUAUCCACAGAUGUCUGGAUAGUAUUCAACUUUUUGCUCUCCUUCCCAGGCAACUGUCAGGUCCUGCAUCUCCUGCAAGUUGGAAUUUCUGCACGCAAGAUAGUUGGAGGUUUUGAUGAAGAGCAAUCAAGUUACCACCACAGCUGGAUUUUCCUUGGCUGUUAUAACAAGGUUCAGAAGUAGCCUUCAGCCUUGAAGUAUCACUCAAGAGUCAAGACUUCAUACUGGACGAGAACUGCCAAAUCUUUGGAGAACUUAUGUAUGGACGCACUGAUUAGCAAGUACUUUUUCUUGUGAAUUGUAAUACUUAAUAGGGAAAUCUUGGAAAAUAAUAACUAGCAUUGUUCUUAAGUGUAAAGAUAUGAUUUUUCAAUGGAAAUAGGAAAAGAGUUAUUAAA